CAGCCAAGUACGAAUCGAACGCUCAAAGUGAGCGAAUAUACCCAAGAAACGAAACUCGAAGUAAAAUCCCAAAAUGUACGCCAAAGUGUGUGUUCUCCUGCUGGCCGUUGGCCUUAGCCAGGCCUUUGUUCAGGAGCCCGUGGUGUUGCCGCAGGAGCAUUUAAUGCGUCUCGUGAUGCAGUCCCGUGACGUUGGCACCGACGCUGCCCACUCCCUCGAGUGCCUCGCCUACUACAUGCCCCAGAUGAAUGCGGUGGGAGAGAAAUUCGAUAAGGACACCAAGCUGUGCCUCAGCGAAGCGCAGACCAAGGUGGAUGCCAUCAAUGAUACCACACAGCCCAACCGUACCGCCAUCGAGGACUCCGGCACCAGUUCCUGUUCAGCCCUGAAGGAGUGCAGCAGCAUUGAAGCCGCCGAGUCCUACUUUGCAUGCACCGCCGCAGCUGGUUCCGACAAUGCCAAGUCCAUGUUCACCAUCUCCGCCAACUCCAACGAGCUGGUGUCCCAGGUUAAGGAGACCUACCGCCAGAUUCAGGUGUGGCAAUACGAGUGCACCAACAAGACGCAGCGCGAAUAUGCCGAGAACACUGCCGCCGUCUACGAGGCAAUGGGCGCUUGCAUGGCCGGCGCUGAUGUGCCAACAACUGGACCCACACCGGAACCGACCACCGCAUCCACACCCGCACCUGCCACGGAGUCCACCGCUGAGCCUUCCACGGAGUCCACCGCAGCUCCCUCCACCGAGCCUACCGCCGCUCCGUCCACGGAGUCCACCGCAGCUCCCUCCACCGAGCCUACCGCCGCUCCGUCCACGGAGUCCACCGCAGCUCCCUCCACCGAGUCCACCGCAGCUCCCUCCACCGAGCCUACCGCCGCUCCGUCCACCGAGUCUUCCGCAGCGCCCUCCACGGAGGCGUCUACAACCGAGAAUGCGGAAGACACCAAGGAGUCGCCACCGGAAGAGGAUUUGAGUCAUCUGCUCACCAGCAUCGAGACCAAGGGCAAUGCUGAUGUGAAACAGAUUCUGAAGAACAUUCAGCAGUGGCUGAAGCGCUACUAGGAGCACCUGGAGCACCCUCUAAACUUUCGGCAUAAAAGCCAGCAAUAAAAGAGCAUCAAAGUA